UUUGGAGCCAGGGAUGAAAGGCAAAAUGGUUGUACUACAGCUGUUUGUGUGACCUAAUGCAAUCCUUUUAAUGUCUGAAUGCACAUACUAUGCUAUAAAAAAUAAAUUUGGAAGGUCUGCCACUCUUCUGAGGUGUUUUAUUUGUGUUGCAGUGUUGGGCUGAUGAAAAAAUUCUGGUUCUCUUGCUCUUUGCUCUCCAGGAAAUAGAUGUUUGAAAUAUGCAAUUCUUCAGUGCAGGGGUUUGGCAGUAUUCUGUAUAAACUGCUUCCACCCACCAAUUUGGAGACUUUCUCUCCGAGCUGGGAGAGAAGUUGUGUGUAUAUUUUAUUACAAUCCUUCUCUGUAAUUUGACGUUAUUACAGUAAUGUGAAUGUGGUGCUUCUGUUAUUAGGCAGCACUGGAUUUAUUUGCUACAUUGAAUCCGGCAUGGGUUAGUGAAAAAGAGGACUGAUUUUUCAAGGGUUAUCAUCUCAGUUGAAGAAUGGCCAACUCAUAUAGACUUUCCUCUUUUUUUUUGGUUUUAACUGAUGGUGGUUCAAUGAGCAGAUCUGCAUAUUGUUAACAGUCUCAUAUUGCUGCUGAUCUGUUACUGUUGGACAUUUGAGGAGGAAAAGCCGUGGAUAGUACUGUUGGAUGGUCACGUGGCAAUCUCAUCCAGCACCCUAUUCCAUCUAGCUUUAUAAAAAUUGCAUUGAUGCAGCUGAGUCAGAUCUGUCAAAAUGUCCUGAGGAAAUGAAGCUAAUGCAUCUCUGAAGGCUUCUUUUGAAUUUAAAAUGAGCCAUUUCCAUUCAGUUAUUCAUUUCUUUUAGUGUUUUGGGGGGUUGCACUAGUUAGCAGUGCUGCUGGAGUGCUUGUUAUAUUAAAUGUCUUCUACCACCCAAGCAAGCUGGAGAUGGUGUAAAACAAAAUUGCAAACUUCAAUGAGUUAGAGGUAGCCCGAACUUAAUUUCUAAGUUCCUAAAUCCUGUUUCAUGUUAUCAGUCCAGAAGAACACCCUUUUAAAUUUUUUUACAGUAAGAUGGAAAACUGGAAGAGUGAUUUGAUACAGGAUAUUGUGGGAAAGAGGCAUUGGACCAAAAUGGAGAGAAAGCAGUGAGAUUCCUGGGAUAGCUGUGGAUGUAGGAUUCAGGAAAUGCGAGUUGUGUUGUGGCACAACCAGAGCAGGAUGACUGUGGGAAUGCAGUUUAAUAUUUGAACCCUGUUCCUUGCACCUACAAAACAGGGCUGUGUUCAGUACAUUUAAUUGGGAGUAAAACUGUUUUGAAGUGUUCAAGAAUGAUAUAGUGCUGGAGACAAAAUGAUUUUCUGUUUGAAGUAAAGGUAGUGAAAUGAAAAUGUGUGUGAAAGUGUAUUUGGUUCUGGACGGUAUGUCCUUCCAGACUGUAUUGGACAGCAGUGUAUUUCAGUGGUUAUGGUUUUGUUUCACUUUUCAUUCCUCUUGAGCAUGUAAAGGUGAGCUUAGCAACUGAAGCAUUACUGAAACGUGUCUCAGGGACAGACUCAGCUCUAUCUCAGAAGGUGACAGCUGCUAGCAUGUUUGUGCACCUUAACCAUGAGUAAGUUCAGCUGUGACAGUUGCACAGAUGUGCAGAAUCUUCUUCAUGUUGCAUGUGGCUUCCUUCCCUGAACUCUUUGGUCUGUUGUUGGACUACAGACUGAGCCUUAUUUCCACUCAGAGUCCUAAAUCCAGAGACCUUUCCUGUUUGAGUUCAAACUGCAGCACUGCAAGGAAGGACUCUGUUUCAGAACCGGAGCAUGGGACUUUCAGGGGGCCAAGCAGAUCCUUGUAUUCUGUUUUUGUAAUAAGUCAACUACUGUGGCUGAGAACAGUCUCAGUUGGACUUCUCUGCACAAAGCUAAACUUCUACUUUUCUGUACUAGACAAACUCAGAGAAGACAGCUUAAAUUCCUGUGCUCCAGAUGAGUUCAAAUCCAGAAGUGUAAUUAAUGUGGGCAGCACUGUUUUGCUGGGUCUGUUCUGAUGUCUACUGUUGGUUUUAUGUGUCAGUGUUUAUUUUUGGUACCAGGUGGUGAUACUUCUGUCCUGUGGGUUUCUGAAGAGCAAGACAUAAUCUUUGCUAUGAACUUCACUCUUUCUUCAAGUUUGCUAGCCUCUUCAAGAAACAACUGAGGUGUAAGCAUUCACUUUUAAAAGUUUUUUACUCUUUAUGAGGUUACACAUGUAUUUCAUGUUUAAUCAAAACUAGUGGAACCUAUUUAUUUGAAACACAACUUUUGGUAGCAGGAUUUAAUUCAGUGUUGACUACUGAUGUAAUUUUGUUUCUGGAUCAUUUUUUCUAAUGGCAUUCAGUCCUAAAAGAACUGGCUUGGAAAAAAAUGAAAGCAGACUUAGUUGGUGCUGUGACUGGAAAGGAAACAUUUGAGCCUUGGCUAAAUAAGAACUGAUUUUAUUGGUUUUUGUAUGCUUGUGACUUAAAGAUGAUUGUGUUUGUAGUGAAGUGCAGUCUUCUAGUCAAUAUUAGCCCCAAAAUUCAUUUGAUCCUGGUCUAGGUUUGCAGAACCAGUAAGUGCAUUCCUACUGCUCUCUGUUCAAGCAUCAUUGUGAUGGGGCCUUUUUUUUUUUUUUUUUUUUAGUGGCUUGACUCGCUUAUAUUUCCAUCUGUUCUCCUCUUUUGCUUUAAUUUGGAAAUUAGUGUGGCACUGCUUAGACCUCAGUGGAGUGAACUUGUUAUGGCUGAACCCUUCAAAUGGCUGAAUACCACACAGUUGUUUGCUCACUCCCUCCUUUCCCAGUGGGACUGGGGAGAGAAAAGGGGAAAAAAAAGCCGGUCUUUCUCAGAGCCUUGGCUUUUAGCAGCAGAUGUAAUCAUUGGCGUGUUACCUACUUUGUUUUUCUCUUAGAACUGAAACACAACAUCAUACCAGGUGCUCUGAAGAAAACAAUUCCAUCCUGCUGAAACAAAGACACAUGUGAAGAUCACUGAAGGGAGCAUUCACCUUGAACAAUAAUCAGUUUUUUCCCUGUCUGUUCUAAAUGGCUUCUAAGAAGUUGGGAUCCGACUCUCACGGGCCUUUCAGCUAUCUUGAUGAUGUCCCAUUUAAGAUAGGAGACAAAUUUAAAACUCCUGCGAAGGUUGGACUACCCAUUGGUUUCUGCCUGCCUGAUUCUUUUCAGCUUGUCAGAGAAGCCCAGUAUGACUUUUCCCUGGAAAAGAAAACAAUUGAGUGGGCUGAAGAUAUCAAAAAAAUUCAAGCUGCCCAGAAAGAAGCUGAACGCAAGGCUGAAGAAGCAAUAGCAAACUCAAAAGUUGCUCCAGAGGACAACAGAAUGGGGUUCCCAGAGGGACCUUGCCCCGAGGCCAUGCCUCCACCUAUUAACCCCAUACUCGCUAGUCUGCAGCACAAUAGUAUUCUUACCCCUACUCCAGCCAACAGCAGUGCUGUGAAGCAAAAAGUUCUUAGUCCACCUCAUCCAAAAGCAGAUUUCAACCCAGCUGAUUUUGAAUGUGAAGAAGACCCAUUUGACAAACUGGAAUUAAAAACUAUUGAUGAUAAGGAGGAAUUAAAAAACAUUCUUGAAAUUCAUGUUGGUACUACUGGGCCAGUUGUUGCCCAACUGUUAGAUAACAGCUUGCCCAAAGGAAAGUCUGAGUCUGUGUUACAAGAUCAGGAAGUUUUGGCAUCCAUAGAAAGGGCCGCGUUGGACCUCAAGCCCCUUCACAAACCCAAUGGCUUUAUCACUUUACCGCAACUGGGAAACUGUGAAAAGAUGUCCUUGUCUUCCAAAGUGUCCCUGUCCCCUAUCACUUCAGUGAGCAGUAUCAAAUCCCUGUCCUUUCCUAAACUUGACUCCGAUGAGAGUGAUCAAAAGUCGUCAAAGCUCAUGGGCACUUUUCACAGCGCUAGUUGUCUCCGCAAUGGCACUUUUCUCAGCUCUUUGCAGGCCUGUGCUCAGAAUAAAGCUAGCGAACUGAAUGGACACCACAUGGUUGAUCUUUCUGCUGUAAACGAGGACAGUGGAAUGGAGACAUCUACAUUAUCCUCUUCAUCCAGACUGCCGUCCCUGGCUUUGUCGACACUGUGUGCAGAAGAACAAAGCACAGUGACCACGGUACACCCAGACAAGGAGAUAGAAAUCCCUAUGGUAACACACCAAAAUUUCCCAGUGUCUAAAGUGCCCAACAACACGACCUGCACAAAGCAGUCGGGUGUUCCUUUUCCGGAGUUACAGCAGGCUCUCUCUGCUAGCGAGAGGCAGUGCGUAGAGACAGUUGUCAACAUGGGAUAUUCACCUGAGAAUGUCCUGAAAGCCAUGAAGAAGAAGGGGCAAAACAUAGACCAGGUUUUGGAUUACCUGUUUGCACACGGACAGCUUUGUGAAAAGGGCUUUGAUCCACUUCUUGUUGAAGCGGCUUUGGAGAUGCACCAGUGUUCAGAGGAGAAGAUCACAGAACUUCUCCAACUUAUGAGUCAAUUUAAAGAAAUGGGCUUUGAACUAAAGGACAUUAAGGAGGUCUUAUUAUUACAUAACAAUGACCAGCAGAAUGCUUUGGAAGAUCUAAUGGCCCGUGCAGAAGCCAGCUGAAGCACAUUCCUGAGUUCUUGGCGUGCAAUGGAACAGCCCCACCACCUUCACGUUCAGUGUGACUUGCUCUCAGCAAGGAGUCCAGUUUUUUGCAUACAUGGGAAAGUGAAUGAGCAAGCCUGCCUGCGUGCAUCACUCCAGCAUUUCUCUUUUCACUGGGAGCCAACUUUCUUUCUUAAAUUAAAUUUUUGAAGUGUCCUUUCCUAAGUUUCCUUUUUCCAGCUUGGCCACGGAGAUUUUAGACUGCCCAGCUGCUCUACUGGAAUUGUACAUAGUCAGAGACAGGAGUGGUCCUCCUCACUGUUGCACUGGAGUUGGACAGGGGAUUACUAAAUUUGUUCUGAAACAUAUAAUGCUUUGGUUCUUUGAAGCUGCUUUCUUGGUGUCUGCUUGUACUGAAUUACUUGACUGUGUCACAGUCCAGAUUAUCUGGUUAAAUCUGACCGUUAGUGCAAUGGAGUUUUAUUUUUUGAUUGAGAGUUAGUCUGUAACUUAGUGAAACACUGGUUUGGAAACUGUCGCCAUGCAUAAAGAGAGAAGCUGUUCCUCUUGUUUCUUCUUUGACUCAUGCAUCCAACACUUCUGCAGACGUAAGUGUCCUAUGCCAAGUGGUUAUAAGUUCUCUUGAAAUAUAACCCAGACCUGCAAUUUGUGGUGGUUCUUGAACCUGAAGGCAGAGAGCUGGGGCUCAGUAUUCUUAAUCCCCCUGGCUUGUACGAUGUUUAAGAAAAUGCUCUGCUAGGAAAUCAGUUAUCUUUUGUUCUAAAUAAUAUUCAGUGUGAUGCAGGAGGUUUCUUUCAAGCACUUUCUUUAAAAUAAACAUACUUGCUGCGUUA